AGGGUUGAUAAUAGAACGCCCCCUUCCUAGUCCUACUCUCUCUCUCUCUCUCUCCUGUUCUCAACACAACUCUGUUCUGACGUCAGACUCACGCACUCAACGCUUUCCUUAUUCAACUCCCUCUCUCCUCUCGGUCUCCUUCUUCUUCUGUAGUUUUGCUUUAAAAAUAUUUUUAUCUAAAUACCCAACGCAAGGCAGUCAGACAGGUAGAUAGAUAUAAUAGAGAGAGAGAAAAGGGUGGAGAAAAAUAUCUUUUUUAUUUUGAUCAAUUAGUAACUUAAAACCGGCGAAUUACCCUGUGAUUCUCCGAUUUCCUGUUCAAUUUUGCACCGACUCUCCUCGCUUUCUCGCCAGCCAAACACUCCUCCCGCCCUUAGGGUUUGUUUGGGACUAUGGACUCCGAGGACGAUAUGCACGACGCCAACGACGUCGAGUCCAUGGAUGACGACGAGGGCUUUUACAGCGACGAGAUGGGCAUGGACUACUACGGCAGCGACGACGACGUCGAUGUCGAUUUCGGCGAGGAUAAUGAGGGAAUCAAGAGGAUCGAGGCUAGUCGAGCUGAGAAUAAUUUUAUCAUCUUGGAGGAAUCAGAUAUAAAGCAGCGUCAGGAAGAAGAUAUUACAAGUGUAUCUACUGUGCUUUCCAUAUCAAGAGCUGCUUCAAGCAUUUUACUUCGUUACUAUAAUUGGAGUGUUAGUGAAGUGCAUGAAGCAUGGUUUGCUGAUGAAGAUAAAGUGCGAAAAACUUUUGGCUUGUUAAAGAAGCCAGUGGUUCAGCUCCCCAGUUCAAGAGAACUUACCUGUGGGAUCUGUUUCGAAGCCUUUCACCGCGGUAGCAUCAGAUCAGCUGCUUGUGGUCAUCCUUUCUGUUGUGCAUGCUGGGAAGGCUACAUUAGAACAUCCAUUAGUGAUGGUCCUGGAUGUUUAAUACUGAGAUGUCCUGAUCCAUCUUGUGGUGCUGCUGUCGGUCAAGACAUGAUCGCUAUGUUGGUUUCUGAUGAAGAUAACCGGAAGUACUCUCGGUAUCUUCUUCGGUCUUAUAUAGAAGACAACAAGAAGACCAAGUGGUGUCCUGCUCCGGGUUGUGAAUAUGCUGUUAAUUUUGUUGGUGAUGAUGAAAAUUAUGAUGUUUCUUGCCUCUGCUCCUAUGGCUUUUGCUGGAAUUGUACUGAGGAAGCUCAUCGUCCUGUGGACUGUAGCACUGUGUCAAAAUGGAUUAUGAAGAACAGUGCUGAGUCUGAAAACAUGAACUGGAUACUAGCCAAUUCCAAGCCAUGUCCAAAGUGUAAGCGACCUAUUGAAAAAAACCAAGGAUGCAUGCACAUGACGUGCACACCACCUUGCAAAUUUGAAUUUUGCUGGCUGUGCCUUGGUGCAUGGUCAGAUCAUGGCGAGAGGACAGGUGGUUUCUAUGCUUGUAACCGCUAUGAAGCAGCUAAGCAAGAGGGAGUUUAUGAUGAAACUGAGAGAAGAAGAGAAAUGGCGAAGAAUUCUCUGGAGAGAUACACUCAUUAUUAUGAACGUUGGGCUAGCAAUCAAUUGUCGAGGCAAAAAGCUCUUGCGGAUUUGCAUCAAAUGCGUACUGUGCAUAUGGAGAAGCUUAGUGACAUACAGCGCGAACCUGAGUCUCAGCUCAAGUUCAUAACUGAUGCCUGGCAGCAGAUUGUUGAGUGUAGGAGAGUGCUGAAAUGGACUUAUGCUUAUGGGUAUUACCUGCCUGAGCAUGAGCAUGCAAAGAGGCAAUUUUUUGAGUACUUGCAAGGUGAGGCAGAAUCUGGUUUGGAAAGGCUUCAUCAGUGUGCAGAGAAGGAGCUACAGCAAUUCCUCAGUGCGGAUGGCCCAUCGAAAGAAUUUAUUGAUUUCCACACAAAGCUAGCUGGACUGACCGGUGUGGCUCUGUUUCUGUAUUGCACUGCUUGUUGACUCUCACGGACACUGCCAGACGCCAGGCAGUGCGAAGGCCUCAUAGUACACACUUGAUAUUUCCUGUGUAUGUUUGUGUAUAUAUAUGUGUGUGUGUGUGUGUGUGUGUGUGUGUGUGUGAAGUUUCCUUGAUCACUUCCAAGUUUGCUUUUACCACUGAAUGCAAAAUGACAAGUAAAGAAAAUGCAGUGAAGGAAAAUAGAGUCAAUGGUUCGUUAGUAUAGGAACUGCAAAGAAAACAAGUCUCCAUUUGGGGGAUGAGAAAAGGACAGGAGUAAGCGUGGAAGAACGUAUUUUACUGACUUGACCUUAAAAGUGCACAUUCUUUUUGGCUGUAAGCCUGUGAUUACAAAAUAGUAAAUGAGGUUAUUUAUCAAGUAUUAAUUUGUGGGAUUUUUAGUUUUCUAGUUAGAAUUGAUCUGUAAUUGUGUUGCAUCAUUAACAUUCUAGCAAUGUGUGAUUAAGUUAUACUAGGAAUGUUUCACAGGCGCACUCAUCCAUAUACCCUUUUCUUGUGAUGUGUAAUUACCAGUCUGGGCCUUCGAGUCAGUUGAGUUCAAUGCAUUGCCUGAUUGAAUCUUCUUAUCCAUUUGCU